UAUACACCUACAUUUUUUGGGAUACAAAAUUGAUAAACUUUUGAAAUAAAAAGGAAAAAACGUGGAAACUUUGACGUUGAUUCUGAGCUUAUAUCUGUUUUAAUGUAAUGUUUAAAAUGGCAUUUGAAAUAAAAUAGGUGUCAUGGCAGAUGAUAUCUGAUUGGUUAUUGAUUUAUUUGCAAAACUAAUGUCAUUUAAAAUUUAAUAUAGUCAAAUUAAAUAAUUAAUUAUUACUACUUUUUUAUUUUUGUAUCUUUUUUUCUAAUGUGAUUAAAAUUCUGGAAUCUAGAGCAUGUUACUGUAUGUUUGAAUAAAAAGCUCCUAUAUCUAAUCAUUCGUAUCUUUCCAAUAAAUACACUUAAUGCUAUUUAAGUUAUGUCAAGACAUAAUCAUAUAAAAUUUGAGCAAGUCAUUGUGUGAAAAUUCAUUAAAACUUGCAUUUAUAAAAAUGCGUGAAAAUCAAUUGAAUAUAAGUGGGAAAACAAUUUUAAUAACUGGAUUUGGACCAUUUGGUAACCAUAUUGUUAAUGCAAGUUGGGAAGCUGUGAAAGAAUUGUCUAAACUGUGGCCACAAUCAGAAUUAUGUAACAUUCAAUUAAUUACGAAACAAAUACCUGUAUCUUAUGAAUACGUAUCUACAGAAAUAUCCAAACUAUGGGAAGAACACAAUCCUAUAAUCGUUAUACAUGUAGGUGUCUCUUACAAAGCAAGCUGCUUAACCAUAGAACACGUUGCUCACAGUACAGGCUAUGCAAGACCUGAUAUAAAUGGUAAAUGUCCCAAUGAAAUAUGUACUGUUUAUCAAAUUUUAAAAACAGACAUAAAUGUUAAUAGACUUUGCGACAGUAUUAAUGAGAAUUCAACAGAAAGUGGAUGCAAAGCCUGCAUUUCUUAUGAUGCUGGAAGAUAUUUGUGCGAAUAUAUAUUUUAUCAAUCAUUGAAUAUUAAAACGCAAAAAACAUUAUUUGUUCAUGUUCCUGAUCUUCAUGUAUAUUCUAGCAUGCAAACUAGCAAGGGUUUGUAUGAUAUUAUAUAUUUUCUGGUUAAAACCUUAAAUGAUGAUUAAAAACAUAACGAGCAUUAUAGUAAAAAAUGUAAAAUUUUACUAUUAUCUUAUAAAAAACAAUGAUACUUAAUAUCUAAUAUUUUUAUCCUUAACAUUUAAUAUAAAUACAUUAUUGCAAAUGCAUAUUUUUGUCACUUUAUGAACCUUCCUGUUGAAAUUUGGUUCGUGUCGGUGGAAUAUUAUAUCUUAGUUCGAGAAAUUCAGGUUUUCGUAACAUUGCAGCGACGUGUCCUAACUGUAUUGUGCAAUCUGGAUUUAAAUUUGGUGGUAACAAUGUACACUCUCGUUCUAGUAUACAUGCCAAACCUUCCAACAAUUCUACAAAGCCCAUAGAGGCUGCUGCUCUGCGUAACCUGUUUACUUCCUAUUUAAAGAAAGCAUAGAAUUAUUUAAAUAUUUGUCAAAAAACAAAUAGAUGAUAUCUUAGACUUACUUUGUAAAAAUUUUGUGUCUUCUCUGGCAAUUUUCUUGCAUGUCUUAAUAUUUUUUGAAUAUCAGAUUGCAAUCCCACUUGUCGAAUCCAUGACGGUGCAUUUUGUGUAUAACUUCUCUUUUCAGUAGGUCUAACAGGGAAAGAAACUUGUGCACCUUGAGCUGCAUCAGCUGGACCUAAAUUAUUGAAAUUACCUAACCAUGGUACAAUAUCAGGUCCUGGUUCUAGAACCGUUAACAUUAAAUUUGACUUCUUUUUUGUAUCUGCCCAUGAAUAAAUAAAACCAAACCAUUCAUUAUUCAAUAAA